UGGUUGUUACUAUUGUGAAUAUAUUUUCAGCGGUUCAAAUUUUAGUUUAUUAUUGCUGUUAAUAACAGAGUACCAAGAUGUUAAGCUUUCGGAUGCCAAAACAUACAAAGAAGAAGCAGGAGACAAGCGAACAAUAGAAUACACUAAGAAAUAAAUAAAUUCCAGUGUAAUUGUUCGUUGCACUUGAGUUAUUGUUGGCCACAAAUGUAACCCAUAACGCAUACACACUUACACAAACACACACACUCUGUUCUUGUUUUUUUUUUUUUUAUUUGCGGCAGUCGCAAAGCAGUUUCACAAGGGAGAACUAUGAAAAUUGGUGUUAAUUAAACUGUAAAACCUACGGCAAGAAUAAUAAACGCCAAAAUGUGGAUUCAACCAAAGGAGCUGCUGCUGACCUCAGCAUUUUGGACCGCCGAAAUGUAUUCCAAGUAUUUUGUGCUACAGAAACGACGUGGACAUGGCGAAUCGCGAGGUUUUGGCUCAAUGCUGGUGGGCACCAUCGACAGCGUCAUGAACACAAAGCCGGCGCCCUAUCGAAUACUUCAUCAGACUCCAUCCUCUGAAGUUUCUUAUGAAAUUGCUAUUGGCAUAACACAGGAUGAGAUCGUCAAGGACUGGGAAUGGCUGCAGGCCAAUCUGUUCAGUGUGCUUAACGAAAUGGAAAAUGAAGAUGAAGUGACAAACUUUACCAUAUGCAAAAUACAGUCGCUGUUCGCUCAAAAUAAUCAAGACGAUACUGGUGAAUCGCCAGACUUCAAGGUGAAGACUUCACAAUUUAGACAAAUCUUCAAAAUGCCCGAAGAAGAACGCCUGGUUAACUCGUAUUCGGCCACAUAUGUGAAGAAUAAAAUACCACGACAGGGACAAUUGUACAUCUCUCUAAAUCAUGUUUGCUUCUACUCGUACAUGUUGAGCCAGGAGAUCAAGCGAAUCAUACGCUUCGCUGAGCUGGAGGACAUUAGCCGCAGUGGCAAUACAAUCUAUCUGAAGACUACCAACAACAUGACAUAUAACUUCACACUUCUUUUCAAUCCGAAUGAGGCCCAUGUCCUCAUUGAGCAGCUCAAUAAAAUGGCCAUCCAGAAGUUAAUUCAUGACCCGGAGAGUCCCGUUGUCGACCAUGAUCCAUCGAAUUUCUCGCGUUAUGGCACUAAGACUUCCAAGAAGCCUGUCCUGCUACGCGAUUUGACAGCACGCCAAAAAUCGGAGGAAUUUCGCGUUUACUUUCGUCUGCCACAAACGGAAAUUAUUGAUGGCAAAAUCAAAGCCGAUAUAUGGACGCCCUAUGCGAAGCGAUUUAAUGCGGGCUAUAUUUAUUUGUCGCCCAACUUCUUUUGCUUUCGCAGCGACGUCAAGGAUUUGGUUAGCGUCGUAAUACCAAUGAAAACUAUUAAGAGCGUUGAGAAAAAGGACGAUGGCCAGCAACGCUUUGACAAUCAAAUUGUCAUCUUUACAUCAGAGAAUGUGCCUUUUAUGUUCGCCAAAAUUACCGAUCGCGAGGUGCUCAUAUCGAAGAUCACAGAUCUGCUAUCGCGCAUUCAUAUACCGAUCAGUCGCGAACGUGCCAAGUAUGAUAUAUCCUGGAGCAAACAGACUGCUUUGCUCAACACAUUCAAGACGCAGUUCAGCGCGGACAUACAGAAGAAACAGGAGCAAAAGCUGGCACGUUGGGAGGAUCAUUUUCGUGACUUUGGACGGGGCAUUGCAAUGUUUCGCACCACAGAUGUGAUUAAUUUAAUUGUGGAGGGCAUACCGGACAAGCUGAGGCAGGAGAUUUGGUUAAUCUUCUCGGGCGCUAUACACGACAAGGAAAUGAAUCCUGGCCUGUAUGAGGAUCUGGUGGAGAAAGCCGCUUGCAUUAAGGAUUGCUUUGCGCACGAUGAAAUCGAUAGGGAUUUGCCUCGAUCGCUGCCCGAGCAUCCGGCAUUCCAGUGCACAGAUGGCAUCGGCGCCUUGAGACGUGUACUGCAAGCGUAUGCGUUGCGUAAUCCCCAGGUGGGUUACUGUCAAGCCAUGAACAUUGUUUCAUCAGUAUUUCUGCUGUUCUGUGAUGAGGAGAAUGCUUUCUGGAUGCUGGCCAGCUUGUGCGAGAAUCUGUUGCCAGACUAUUACAAGGACAAGGUUGUGGGCGCCCAGAUCGAUCAGGGCGUGCUGAAUGAACUGGUGGAGACGCAUCUAUCAGAUUUGCAUGAGCAUCUGGAACGGCUUGGCGUUAUCAAAAUGAUCUCCAUCUCGUGGUUCCUUACCAUAUUCAUAAGUGUGAUCAGUUACGAAAGUUCUCUGCAAAUAUUGGACUGCUUUUUCUACGAGGGCGCCAAGAUAAUUUUUAUGGUCUCACUGCAAAUCAUCGAAUGGAAUCGUGACAAGCUUCUCAAAUGCCAGGACGAUGGCGAGGCCAUGCUGGUACUGCAAACCUAUCUGGAAGGUAUAUACAAUCCCGAAUAUCAAGUGCCGCCGUCCACGGACAAGCGCAAGCUUGAGCGACCACAGACCCAAACGGUCCAGACUCUCAUACAUGAGGCAUACACGAAAUUUGGUGAGGAACUGACGCAACAACGCAUCGAGGAACUACGCAACAAACAUCGUCGCCUCACCGUGCGUCAGUUCGAUAUUGACAACGAGAAGACCAUUGUAAAGGCCCAUGUGCAGAAUGGUUACUUUAAUCGACAGGAGCUGCACAUGCUGCUCACGAUAAUACGCGAGGAAAAGCUCACACUCAAGUCUGUGCAACAGCAGCAGCAGAAGGCACAAUGUCAUAUGAGUGAGGCGCCGCAGCUACUGCCGCAUCAUCAGUCGCCUUCACGUAGUGGAGUCACCGAUGUUAUGCCCGGUGGCGGAAAUGGACGCCAUGAGGCUUACUGUGUCAACUUUGAGGUAUUCCACACGCUCUUCUCUGAGCUAACGCCCUGGCGUAAGUGCGUCAGCGUUGAUAUUGGCGAGAAGCUAUUUAGGUUGACCGACAAAAAAGGUACCGGACAAUUGGACUUUGGCCAGCUAAUCAAUGCUUUUGGCUUAGUCUGCUCUGCUAAGAGCAUGGAAAAACUGAAGCUCCUUUUUGUAUUGCAUUUGCCACCGCUGUUGUCGAAGGCGGAAAUUGAACGCACACGACGUCCACGUCCGCGGAUAAAGGAUGAUGCAGAAGAGGCAUUCGAGGCAGAGGACUUCUUUGAUGAGGAUGCCUCAGAAUCAAUUGAAGCUUUGCCAUCUCCAUCGGAUCACAACUUCGAUGCCGAUGACUAUGCGUUAAUUACCGCCACACAGCAUUUGCAUAAUCUGGCUGGCAUUUCGGGCAACACGUUCAUGGAUUUGUCACGGACAACGCCAAAUCUCUCACUCAAUUCGAAUGCAUCUUCGCUGGCGCAGCGCAACUCGACGUUCUAUGUGGAUCUGCCCGCUGCACUCCAGGGUACUGCAACACGCACAGAUGCUGGGCAGGAUGACGACAACGACAUCGGCCUACGCCAGCAAGGACGUUACGAAUCGAUUGACACUUUUUCGGAUAUUUCAGAUCUGGGGGCGGCCCGUAUAACGCCGCCACAAACAUCGACGACAGCAGCAGCCGCUACAGCUUCAGACCAACUGCUACUGAACGUUGAGACUAUAUCGAAUUUCUCUCAAAUCAGCGACCUGGUCGCAGCCACUCGUCUAGAUCGUGCCGAUUCGACUGCAACGGAUACACGCAGCUUGGGUAGCCUGGGUUAUUUGCUGGAUCAGCCAGAUGAGAGUGCGUCAGCAUCUGGAAAACACCGCAAUGUCCCACACAUGCGCAAGGAGAAUUUCCAAUUGCUGUGGCGCAGCAUCAUAGAGAUUUUGGGUUGCGUACAGGAUGAAGAAAUGCGAUGUGCAUAUGAAAAUCUCAUUGAAAUGGGCAACAGCAACAUCAAGAAGGAACCGAGCCUAGAGAGCUUCACGCAGCUCAACUUAGGCGGCAGUGGUGAUGAGCAACCGGAUAGAAAUGGAAACCCCACAACCCCUGCUGCAGAGCCCAGCAGCACAACGCGUUUGUUUGUAGCUUUGGAAGAAGAACUGCGCCAGGCUAAAGCAGGAGCAGCCGCAACACCAACAACAACCAACAACAGUAGCGGCAGUGGCAGCAGCAGCACGACAAACACCUCCGAUGCCUGGCAUAUAUCCAUUAAUCAGUUUAUUGCCACUGCACUCACUUGCGAAUGCAUCGUCAAAGCAUUCCAGACGGGUACCCAAAUCGUGGAACAAAUCGAGCAGUUGCAGAAGAAGCGACGCAAGUGUUUGUCCACCAACUACAACUACUAAGUGUCCCCAAUUGUAACCCAAUGUCCUGUUAGAACCCAAGGUAUUAGCCAUAAAACGAACCCCCCAUAGAACUGUGCAAUGCGGCUGCAGCUUUUUAAGUGUCCCGUUUUAU